AUGGUUUCCUUUAGGUCUCAACAACUCAUCCAAGGAAUUCAUAGUAUAGGCUUUAAUAAGCCCACAAAAUUUCAAGAAAUAGCUUCCUUCUUUCUCUUAUCAAACCUGAGGUAUAACAUGAUUGCUCAGUAUCGCAUAGGAUCUGGAAGAACUGUUGGCUCUGUGUUGGCUAUGCUAAACAGAGUUGAUGUAACAAGGCACUACCCACAGGCAGUGUGUAUAUCACCAACACCUAACCUGGCAUUACAUAGGGGUGAAGUUGCCGAAAGCAUGGGACAAUUCAUGCGAAACCUCAAUAUUGGUUAUGCAGUAGGAGGAAGAAGGGUUCCAAGGGGCGAGAAAGUAACAGAUCACAUAAUAUUUGGAACACCUGGCACCCUCCUUGACUGGAUUAGAAAACACAAAGUUCUGGAUCCAAAGAAAAUCGAGCUCUGCGUAUUAGAUCAAGCUGAUGUCAUGAUUGCUCUACAGGGACACCAAGAUCAGUCAAUUAGAAUACAAAAGACUUUACGCAAAGACUGUCAAAUGCUGUUCAUCACCGAAACAUACAAUGACAUGGUGAAAGAGUUCGCAAAGUCCGUCGUAUCAAAUGUAAUGAUGACUGAAUCAUAUCAUGAAGAGGAAUGGUUGGACAACAUUAAACAUUUGUAUGUUUGGUGCGAGAGUGAUGAGGAGAAGUUUCAGGCCCUUUCAAACAUAUAUGGAGUGGUGCCUAUAGGACAGUGUGUUAUGUUCUGUCAGACCACUUCUACAGUCUUAUGGCUGUCAGAGAAAAUGAGCUCGGAUGGACACGCGGUGACACCGAUACAGGACGGGAUGACAGUUGACGAGAGGCUUGGAGCUGAUGUGACAUCUCGUAAUGGCAGAGAGAGGCUGCUCAUAACGACAGAAGACCUUACCUUAGAGGCUCCAGAGAUGACAAUGGUGGUUAACUACAACAUGCCAGUUGAUCCCAUAGGCGAACCAGACUUUGAAACGUACCGACGAAGGGCCCAUCAUACGGGCUGGUUGGACGGGAGUGGCAUUGUAGUGAACUUAAUUGACAGUCCGCAGUCUAUGGAAACCAUGUCGAGAAUCGGGGGAAUUUUAAGUAUCAACAUGAAACCUCUUGACAUCAAGGAUUUUGAUGCACUGAAGAACCUUUAA